GAAAUAAUUCGAAAUGUCAAAAAAUCAAGAGAUAAAAUAAAAAUAAUAGAGGAGUGAAGAAAUUUGUCAACUUUUCUCUGUGAAAAUCCAUUUCCAAUCUGGAAAACUUCUAUCUAUGCGAAUAUUUAUCUUACAAAUGCUGUGACUUCUGUGGUAAGCACAGUGUGUGAAGUGAAUGCGAAUCAUCUCGCGCCAUGAAUUGAGUGCCAAAAAGGGAAAGUGAAGGAAAUCAAGUGCAGGAAGUCCAAAAGGUGGGGGUCGGAAGUGUGUGGAGUGAGUAGUGAUUUGUGUGAGCACUCGUGAUAAGAUGGGGAAUAAGAAUUCGUGCUGCAGCUACGCUAGUCCAACGCCCGCAAGAAAGACACAGGCUGAUCCGGAGACGCCACAAUUUGACUGCAAUAUCCCAAACAGCGAACCCAAUCUGCCCCAUAUCUCAGAGCGGGAAACAGGAGAUGGGGAUGUGGAUCCCUCGGUGGAUCCAUCGGCAGCCACAAUGUUUCUUGAACGAUCGAAACAGUGCCUGGAAAAUGGGAUCACACGCAAAAAGUCUCAACAUCAAAUUGCUCCACAGACUGGAGGAUUAAAAAAAAGUAGCUCGUGUUCCACGAUCUACCUCGACGACAGUACAGUAUCGCAGCCAAAUCUCAAGAAUACUGUAAAGUGCGUCUCCCUUGCGAUUUACUAUCACAUUAAGAAUAGGCAGUCGGAGAGACGACUGGAUAUUUUCGAUGAAAGACUACAUCCAUUGACGAGAGAUCCCGUAUCAGAGAAUUAUGAUAUGCACAUACCCGAACACCGUCAGAUAUAUAAAUUUGUACGGACACUUUUUAAUGCUGCUCAACUUACAGCAGAGUGUGCCAUCAUCACGUUGGUGUACUUGGAGCGCCUCCUCACGUACGCUGAACUCGACAUUGCUCCGUGCAAUUGGAAACGAAUAGUCCUGGGAGCGAUAAUGCUCGCGAGUAAAGUGUGGGACGAUCAGGCGGUGUGGAAUGUAGACUACUGCCAAAUUCUCAAAGAUAUUACAGUGGAGGACAUGAAUGAACUUGAGCGUGAAUUUUUAGAGCUUCUUCAGUUCAACAUUAACGUCCCAUCGUCUGUGUACGCCAAGUACUACUUUGACUUGCGAACACUGGCUGAGGCGAAUGACUUAUCCUUCCCCUCUGAACCGCUCUCAAAGGAACGUGCCCAGAAGCUCGAAGCAAUGUCCCGCGUGAUGCAGGACAAAGUAACUGCGGAGGCCCUCAAGAAUGGCAUAAAGAAGUGGUCAUCAAUGGAUAACAUUAACAGUCAAGGACAAGGUGGAGCACGCCGGAGUGUUGCGAUUCUGUCGUGAUUCCUCAAUGUAACCCAGGUACAGCCUUUUUUCAUGCAUUCUCUGGCAAUUGCCUUACUUACGAGCGCAAAAUAGAGGAUGCUAAAGUGAAAGAGAGAGAGAAAAAAACUUAACGUGAUUAUGAUUCAUUGAUACCGUAAAAAAAGAAAUCUUCUUAUACUAUAUUUAAUAGAUUUAUCACAAUUGCAUUAGCAUUCCUCGAAGUUUGAUAUUAAAAAAAAAAGGAAAAGUUUAAAGCAGCAGAACAUUUUUUGUAGAAUGUGCCGACAGAUGGAUGCAUAAAAUUGUUCAGCAACAUUUUUUCUGCUACAAAAGAUGGUUUUUGCAAUAAAAAAAACAAAUUUGAAUUUUUAUUGCUUGCCCUGCGCGAAAGGCAAACGUUGCUGUGGGAAUUUUAUCGCGGUCUCUUUUGUCUGCGAACGCCUCAAAAGGAAAGUUUAACUGCAAAUUUUUUUGUUCAAUUCUUAUAAAACAUUUUGUUUACUGCGUUGACUGCAUAUGGUGUUCAAGUGCUUAUUCAGAAGAGGUACAAUUUUGUUCGGUAAAUACUUUACCAUCGUCUUUAAUUCCGCAAGUUCAAAUAUUUUUUUCGAAUUUACCUAAAAGUACUUUUUUUUUAAAAAUAAGCUUGACUUUCUUGUUUUAAGUGAAGUCUUUUUUCCGAUUUAUGAAAACUUUGAAUGAAUAGGAAUUUAUAUCUCCGUAUUUCUUAGAAAAUUAAUAAUGAUUAAAUUUCAUUGCAGAGAAGAAAAUCAAUCAUUUUCUAGUGAAAGAAAUAAUUUUAAGAAAAAUUUUGAGAUUGCCUUUUUAUGAUAAUAUUUUUAUCAUUUUAGGAAGUGAAUCAUAUAGUCAGAAACUUUUUUUUUAUUUUUCAAUGGUUUAUGUGAAUCAAAGUCUUAUCAAAUCUCUCAAGAAUGUACUGAAAAGUUUAAAUCUAAUGUGGAACUUUACGUUCAUUAUGGUUCAUUUUUUAAACCCACAGACAAUGUGCAUUUUAUCGCGCAUAGAUUUUGCUGCUAUUUAUGAUGUAUCAUUAAAAAAUGGUGAUGCUGUCCAAUUUCUAAAAAUAUUGUCUUUGCAUUAACAUAUGCCUAAAAAAGGGAUCCCAUGCAUAAAUCUUUUUCCCGUUUUGCAUUUCAGAAAUAUAAAGAAAAAAAACUUGAUUGUUUUUCGCAAAACUUCGAGAAAGUCCAUAAAUCAAUAUGCAUAUACGAAGGAGCACGAUCGGCUAAUUGAAGGAUAAAGAAAAAAAAAAGAAGAAUAAAUCUAUAAGUACCAAAGUAACACUAGUGAAUUACAUGUGUAUUGAUUAUAUGAUGGAGAAGGAUGGAGAAUCUUUAAAAAGAAUUUUGCAUGUAAAAUUUUUUCAAUUUUUAUAUUGAGAGAGAAUUAAGGAAAAAAAAGUGAGAUAAAAAAUAUUAUAUAAAUGUGAAGGAUUUUGUGGUGGGAGAAAGAAGAUGGAAGGAAACGACGAAUGAAUCAAAAUUCAUAAAUUGGACUAUAUGCAUGUCCAGGAAAAAGACAUGAGACUGCUUGGAAAGUGUCAAUUUGAAAAUGAAUUAUUGUUUUGCAUAAAAAAAGGAAAAUACCCCCAAGUGUCAUUUUGUCUCAUAUUUUUGUAAAGUUUUCAUUUUCUCUGUUUAAUUCCGUUAAGACGGAUUAAAAGAUCAUUUAAUGACACAUAUUUAAAUUAUUUUGUAUAAUCAUUUCUUUCCAUUGAAAUAAAAAAAACAAUGAUUGUAAUAUUUGUAGUUAGUUUUGUGAAAGGAUAAGCAAGAUGGAAAAAAAAUACAAGAAAGCAUAAAAUGAAAUAGAAAUUAGUCUAGGAUGAUAUAGGAUUUAAAAUAAUUUCACAUCUUCCACAACAGAAGGAUACAGAUUACAAGAGGAAAAAAAUAAAGAGAUAAAUGAAUGAAAAUACAA